AUGGUGAAGCGAAAAGUUGCAGCACUGGAGAAGCUCGAUGCAGACUUGCAGUGGGAGCAAUACGAGUCCCAGCGCGAGAUCUUCCUAACGAACCCGACCGGCGGGACGGCCGACUCGAUCGAAACCUUUCACAACAUGAUUGACUUGAUUGCCCACGUCGCCGACUGCUACCCCGAAGAGACGAAGACGUAUCCAGAUGACUUAAAGUUGAUCUUGAACGAACACCAUGUUGUGCUGCAUCCCGACCUGAGGGACAAGGUCGUGGGGAGUCUUGUGCUUUUACGACGCAAGGACGUCAUCGACUCCGCGAACCUCCUGACGACCUUGUUCCCCAUCCUUGUGUCGUCGCCGAGCAAGACGCUGCGCGAACUUCUGUUUCAGAAAAUCCUGAGCGACAUGAGGAAUUCAAAUUCCAAGUCGAUCAAUCACCCGCUGAAUCGGACCGUUCAGACUGUUCUGUACAACUUGGUUACUGCAGAUCGAUCCUCGCCGAGGGCCAUUUGGGCCAUCAAGCUGACGCGCGAACUGUGGAAGCGACAAAUCUGGACGGACGCCAAGCCCGUGGACGUCAUGAAGGAGGCGUGCUUGUCGGACAACGAGAAGGUGGUGAUUGGCGCCACGCGCUUCUUCCUUGGCGGAGACAAGGAAAGAGAGGAGUUGGAAGACGACAGCAGCGACGACGAAGUUGACUUGUCCAAGAUCAGGCACCAAAUCGGCAUCAACAAGAAGACCAAGAAGCAGAAGAAGACGUAUGACAAGGCGGUGAACAAGGUCCGGCGAGACCAGCAGAAGAAGGCCAAGCCUCACCCGUUGAACUUUUCGGCUCUUCACUUGCUACAUGACCCCCAGGGGUUUGUGGAGCAGCUCUUCUCAAAACAUCUUCAAAACACAAAGUCCAAAUUAUCACUCGACUCGAAGCUUCUGGUGCUGCAACUGGUUACGCGACUGGUUGGCCUACACAAGCUCACAGUCGUCGCGUUAUACUCCUGGUUCAUCAAGUACCUCACCCCUCGACAACACUCCGUCACCUCUAUCCUAGCAUCACUGGCGCAAGGAACCCACAGCUUGGUCCCCCCCGAUGUUCUCGAACCGCUCAUCCAAAAGAUUGCCAACGAAUUCGUCUCGGAAGCAGCAGCAGCAGAAGUCGCCGCCGCCGGCUUGAACUCGAUUCGCGAGAUUUGCGCCCGGCAGCCGCUGGCCAUGACAGACACUCUUCUGCAGGACCUGGUUCAAUACCGCAAGAGCAAAGACAAGGGCGUCAUGAUGGCCGCCAAGGGUCUGCUGUCCCUCUACAGAGAAGUCGGCGCGGAGCUGCUCCAAAGGAAGGACCGGGGCAAGAAUGCCACAAUCGGCCUCAAGAACGGGCUGCAGCACCAGCAAAAGUUUGGCGAAGAAGCGGUUGGCAGCAUAGAGGGGCUCGACCUCCUGGCCAAGUGGAAGGACGAGGAGAAGAAGAGGAGGCGGCUGGAAAAGGGCCUCCCAGAAACCGCCGGCAGCGCCGAGGAAAAGGACAAUGAGGAAGACGACUUCGACUCGGACGAGUGGGAAGUCGGCUCCGACGACAGCAGCGACUCGGGCGGCGAAUGGAUCAACGUCGAGCACUCGGACGACGAGGCGCCGGCCGCCAAGAAGCAAAAGAAGGCAGACGGCGCCUCGGACACGGACCACGAACCGUCCUCCACCGCCGCCCAGCUCGAGCGCAUGCAGCUCCUCGCCACCACCACCAUCCUCACGCCCGCCGACCUCGCCAAGCUGCAGGAACUCCGCGCCGCGGCCGCCAUCGAGUCGGCCGCGUCCGGCCACCGCAGGCGCAACAACCCCGACUCCAGCAGACACACCGACGACGGCCUCACCGCAGAGAACAUCGAAGCGCCCGCCAAGCUGCGCAAGCUGACAAAGGAAGAAAAGGUGGCGCUCGCAAAGGAGGGCAAGCCCGACCGCGAGGAGCACAAGUCCACGCAGGCCAUCAAGAAGAGCAAGAAGGAGGCCGCGGGCAAGAGCACGAGCAACAGGGAAAAGGCGAGGAAGAAGAACUUCCUCAUGACGCUGGGCAAAGCAAAGAGCAAGCAGAAGAGGAGCCUGGUAGAGACGAGGAAAGUGCUGAGGGGCCAUGUCGAAAGGAGUACCAGGGGCGGGAGGAGGAGGAACUUUGCCUAG